GGAAGGAGGUCAUCAUUCCAGCUGUUUUCUGAAAUUUACCCAGUGUGGUAGUGUGAAGAAGAAGAAUUACUGCAUGGGAAAAGCACUGACUUAUUCCUAUCCUAAUGCCAAAUGGUGCAAUUAAACCAGGUCAUUUAAUGUACAUUCCUUUAAAAUGGAAGCAGUCUGGGCCCAAAAUAUUGGCUGAGCUCUUGCAUAUGCUGAGAUCAUGAGCAUGUUAGUGCCAGUCUUGAUUUGAGCAAAGUUCUGUCACAUUUCUGAUCAGUGCAGAUCAGAAAAUGCACUGGGAAAACUACGUGACAAAUUAUUAUCAGGGAUGGGCUAUUCAGAAACUUUUUACUUAGGUUUUGGCAAACUGGUAGAUAUUUGCUUUAUUGUCUGAGCAGAUACAAACUUGCAGUGGAGAUGCUCGCACGGACAUUAACUACAUAAGGUCAUGCUAAUAAGCACUGCAGACUAAUUAGGCGUAUGAGGGCUGCUUGACGUGGCAUGUCCAAAACAGGUUAAUCUGUCUGGCACUGGUGCCAAGUGUUGCAAAGCUAUGGCAGCUUGGACUUCAGUUUGGCCUCUCGAGCUGAGUACGAACUAAGAGCUGCUCUACUACUGGUACCUGCUUCAGGUUUAAGGUAACACAGGUCUGUGUACGUAUGCUGCAGUCAUGUCCCUAUGUGCAGGGAGGCUGUUCUGCAGCGAUUUAGCAAAUGGCAUCUUAGCAAAUACUGCUGAGAGGGAGUGAGUCUGUGGAGAUGGGGCAGGAUGAAGGGGACAGAGGCAGUUCCUGGACUGGUAACAGUGCAUUUCCACUGUUUUCUGCAGUAGCUUAUGAAUGUUUUUGUCUUGAUUUCCCUUCCCCCUUCUUAUCCUUUUGGCUUCUCACACAAUUACAGACUGAGCCUGUGUGACUGUAUGAAAGGCAUUUCCUCCUGUUACUUUUUUUUAAAGUCAGCUUCAGCCCACCAGCUGCUUUCCAUUAGUGUUACACACACACUCACCAGGAGGGCAGCACAUAAUGCUUCAGGCACUGCUGAAUAGCAGAAAUCCUCCAGAAUUGCUGUCAGACAGAGACUUCUCAAAGCAGAUUGUAGGUAAAAAGAGUUCAGCACAUUGGGACCUGUCUUCUUGCAAGCCUUCUCAGAGAAGCCAAGGUGUGGGGACAGAAGGUGGUGAGGAGGAGUUGUCCGAAUGCAAAGUGUGAAAGCUGUGAAUAGAUUUCUUUAUGUGAACGGUUAUUUGCUCUGGAUAUCUCGUCAAGGGUAGGAGCUGAAUGUUGUCUGUUGCUAUGGGGAAUUAUGACCUCUUACUUGAUCCUGGGAGAGUAUUUUAUUGACAUUAAGUAUUAUCUAUUUGCUUAUCCAGACUUCCUGAUGGCUACUAUUGCUGUAUUAUAUGUGAUCCUUGGAAAAGGACCUUAAACUUUCUUAAACUCUCCCUCCUUCCAUGAAAAUUACAAGAGCAAUAUCCAUUAACUUUGUAAACUCCUCCCUUCACUGUUAUCAGUGGAGGCAAUAGCAAGAGUCCUAAUGUAAACUGCUGUUUGUGCUAUUCUCUUAUGCCUACCUAAAACAGUCACAGUCUGGCCAGGGACAUACCAGCGAGGGGCUGGCAAAAAACCCUGGGAAUUUCAUCCUAGAAACACUUCACGGAUGUAGAAGAGUGUAGAAGAGUACAACGGGAUCAGCUGUGCAAGCUCGGUGCUCAGGAGAAAUAGAGGGGCUUUCUCUGAGGUCCUGCAGAAGCUUGAAGUGUGUUCUGGAGGGGAGGCUGGCUGCAGGGUGGUGACCUGGAAGACCAGAUGAGUGGCAUGUAUUUCCCUGUGCUGACCCAUCUUGCUGUGCAAAGUGUGUGUCCUGAAAUCUGGAGCAUAGGCUUGAUUUCAAGUAAUUUUUGUAGCCUGAAGAAAAUUGGUCUUUAAAAGCUCCAGGCAAAAACUUCACCUCUUUCUCUUGGCUGCUUGCCAUUGUCUGUCUUCUGUAGGCCAUGAAGAUGCUAACUGAACACAGUGCCUCGUAUUCUUUAGUCUUUAUUUCCUCAAAAAACUAUUUGUUAGGAAAGAGGCUGUUCAGGGUUCAGCAUCUCCUUUGAUCUCUCUGUCAUAAGGCCUUCCGGAAUGCUUUUACAGAAGCGUGGGACUGAAGCUGAAGAAACAGUAAAGGUGGGGUAGGAUCUCACUUGCUGUGCAGUCUCCAAGUCUUCUGCUCCGCUGGAGAGACAGCAAGGAGGCUGUGUCCCUUUUCUAAGGCUGAGCAGAAAGUGUUUCUGUUUGUCUUGGGCCUUUGUUAAAUGCAGGAAACUUGAGUCCUGUACAAUGUUAACUUCCCAGGAGUCCUUAAAUACACAAACUGAGCAGUGAAAGGGAACUGUCUUUUCUUCUUUUAGUAUACCCGCCUACCCCCACCCCAAUGUACAUAUUCAGUAAUGUACUCAGCUGGGAAAAGGGAAUGGUCAGAACAUCACCCUGGGACUUUAUUUCUUUCGCCCUCCCAUAGAGCACUCCAAAUAUGUAUCCAGUUGCCCCAUUUUGUAAAAGGGAAACGAGGAUAUUUCUCCUGUUCUUGGAGAUUUCUUUUUCUCUUAAGAUUCAGUGGCUCCUUUAAUGAGUCAAAGAGCUCCAAGUUAAUGCAACAGAGUAGGGUUAUUAAUGGAAGUUUCAUAUGGGAUAGGAGGGAGCCUAGAUCUAAACCAUCAAACCAGGUGAGGGUAAUGAUGAUUGCUAACUAGGUCCCAUUGCCUGCUUUGAAAGUAAAGCAGACCUUGCAACUCUAUAGGAGUUUUAUUGCUUUAAAGUACACCCUGGAAAUGCAAAUAGGCUCUAGUGAUGUCAAGUUUAUUGUUGUGAUUGCAUCUGUGUAGGAAGCCACUUCACUGUUUGCAAGUAGUUCAUUAAUUCAUAGGUGUAAUAAUCCAGCUCAUCACCCUGUGAACACUGUGUAGUCAAUCCUUGCUGCUCUUAGUAAGCUUUCAGUCUUUUCCAUGGCCUUACACAGGAAUUGCUGCAGUGGAUUUACUGGGCAGGGCCAGGCCAGGCUUUUAAGAUGUCUAGCAGAGACUCAGCAUCUUGUUUGUAUUGUACCUCUGCAACAGGAGGCCUGUACACAUGCAGGGAUUGCAAAUGCUGUUGGGGAGAAGAUUAAGAACAUGAUUAGAAAGUUGUAGACUAGAGAAACGUGCCCGCUGUUCUGCUUCUACUGGGAAGCAAACAGUAGCUGGGACUUGACAAUUCUAUACCUUGGCUGGCCAUAGCUAUCAGUCUGUUGCUGCUCUGCCUUGACUGCUCCCCCACUGAGGAGACAGUCUCCUUCUCCCAGCUGUCCUCUAGCAUCUCCUAGCCUGAAGAGUAUCAGAAAUGCUGCUCUGCCUUGACUGCUCCCCCACUGAGGAGACAGUCUCCUUCUCCCAGCUGUCCUCUAGCAUCUCCUAGCCUGAAGAGUAUCAGAAAUACUGCUCCAAAAGGCCAGUUAUUUAACCUGAUAUUUUUGUCACUAAAAGUCAAUACACAUACACUAUUUGUUCAAAGCUUUGUCUCUAAUGGCAUAAUUCUCUGGGAAAGCUCACAGGGUGCACAUGGUUAGUACAGCUGAUUGAACUGAACGUACAUGGUAUUGAUGCAUCCUGACACUGCAUCUGUCAGAUGUCAUUAAGGCCUGGAAGUGGUGAAUGUCUGAAGGUUCGAUCAGUUAAUGCCUCUGCACUCACAUGCAUUUGUAUUGAUGGGUUUUUGUCCUUUUUUUCUCCACUACAUUGAUCCCCAGGCUGGGGUUUGUUGCUCAGAACAUUUGCUAGCUGUUCCCUGUGAAGUACAACUCACUGUCACCAGAAUUUGAAGCCUAAGUGUCAUCUAAUUGCUAACUUUCAUUGAGUGACUAUAUCAUGGCUACGGGGCCGACAGAGGUCACACAGUCACAUGAAACAGGAGAGACAGUUGAAGAGUGCACAGGAAAGAAAAAAUCCAAAUUUCAGACUUUCAAGAACUUCUUUGCCAAGAAGAAAAGGAAAGAGCCUCCGCCUCCCAGGGGGGAGAGUAAUUUAAAACCUAGCCAGUCCAGCAACGAUGUCAACAUCAAUGUGCUCGACACUACUGCACUUCAUUCACCAAAGGAGGUUGGGCCCAAAGGAAGCAUGGGAAACAAAGCCUUGUCCCAUGACAGCGUCUUCAUUUUUGAGUCUGCACCAGGAAGUGUGGCAGGUGACAUGUCAUCCCAGGAAAACAUACCUGGAAGAGUGAAAACUUUGCAGCUUCAGUUGCAACAGGACAUCAGAUUAGGGUCGCCUCCUCUUGUUAUAACUGGAAAGAAACUGGAAGAUGCAGGUGCCGUUUCUGAAGAUGAUGGUUUACCUAGAAGCCCUCCUGAAAUUUCAACCCUUCAUGAAGUUCUGACAGAUUCACCAAGCAAGUCCUCCAACCCUGUUCAGCGUCAUAGCUCUUUGAGUUUAGGCGGGACAGACAGUGAAGAUGAACAGAUACCUUCUGGUGCUUCCUCCAGGCCCAUCAGUCCUUCAUCCCCUGCCACUCUGGGGGCCCCCGGCUCACGAGGCAGCAGCUUCCUUCCUGUUGACUUCACCAUCCCUGCCAGUCCCCUCGGCUGCCUGGACACCUCAGCAGCCAGGCACAGGAUUGCCAUAAACCCCCGGAAACAGAAAGGCUUUACCAACAAGAAUCAGCAAACCCCCCAGGUGGAAGAGCUGGAAAAUGAAUCAUGUCUUCCUGCAACUCCACAAAAGAAGGGAAAUUCAACAGAAUCACUUAAGAGUGACCAGCAUAAAAGUGACUGGGAAGGAUUAUCAGCCCAGGUGGAAUAUUGUGCAAAGGGAGGUGGUUCUAAGGAGACACCAGGUGUAAAAAGUCCCACUGAUGCUGCCCAUGACUCUUGUGAUUCCACACUUGCAGCAGAAGACUCUUGUGGUUUGCCGCAAGAGGAUGUGUGCCUUCCAGACAUGGACCAUCACUAUAAAGCAGCUGCACCCCUUCUGAGAUCUGAGCCUUCUGCAGUGAACCUUGAGGAACACCAUAGUGCAAAAGUGUCGUACUGUUCAGAUGAGACGUCUGAUGAAUUGAAAUUACAUCAGCAAAAUACCAAUACUGUAGUAUCUGCACUUCCAAAAUUGCAACAAAUUGAAGGAGAAACUGCUGUGUUUCCAGACAUACUAGCAGCUGACUUGUUUAGCAAUGGUGUGGAAACAGAGGGCAUAGAUAUAUUGGCAGAUGUUGCACAAAGGUCCUCAGUAAAUUCUGUAGAUCCAGACAUUCAAGACCAGGAAAAGGGAGGUCCACUGUUUGUUGGCAAAGUAGAAGCCUGCUUGGGUACUACUGAGAAUCAUUCCAACCAUGCUGCCUCAGAUACUCCACCAAGCACCUCACAGGUUGCAGCAGCCAAUUCAGAGUCUUCUUCUGACAUCAAGACAGUGGCUAUUUUGAAGCCUAAAAACAGGUCAGUAACAAGAAAUGACAAAGAAACUUGUGAAAUAAUGGAAUUUCAGUCAUCCAAAGGCAAUGUAGAAAAAAAAAUAGACACUGCUGCAUCUGUCUCAGAAGCAGGUUGCAUGCUACCUCCCAGUAAAUUGGAAGUAUGUUUUAAAGCAGAAACAGUUUCUGCUUUAAAGGGUAACCAAGGCAGUCAACAGGCCCACGCGUCAUACGUUUCUGAAAAACUUUCCAUUGGAUGUCUUGCUUCUUCAAGUUUGGCUGGCUUGAAGAGUAAUAUCUCAUCUGAUGAUGACGGUACGGAGCACCAGAUAAGCAGUACAGCUUCUCACAGAAAAACAGUGGAAGACAGUCGAUCUUCAGAUGAAAAUGUGAAAAGUCCACUGAAGACUGCUUCUGCUAAACCAGUCAGAUUUACCAUUGCACCAGCAUGGCAAAGAUCUCUCUCAGGGGGGUCAAAUUCAAAGGAAGAUUCCUAUACCAGAAGCUCCCCAACAUCCCCUAUAAGACCAGAGUUGUUUGAAGGAAUGACAAAAGAACACACACGUUUUGAUGCAGUCAUCCAGGAAUCAGCAAAAACCAACUCAGAUAGAUUUGAUCGAGAUUGUAAGGAUAGUGAUUCGCAUUUGAAUUCUUCUAUGGAGUGGGCUGACCAUGAAGCACAAAAUGUUGAAAACCCAUUUGGGGUCAGACUGAGGAGAACAUCUUCUUUACUAAAAUACCAGAAUGAAAGCCGUGCUGAGACUCCAAAGCUGAUCCCCUCAGCUGUUCCCACUGUUGCUUCUGCUUCAGUCAAGGAGGAUCAGAAAUCGGUGGGCACUGGGAAACCACCUCCGGGACUUCCUGUCAACGCAAAAUCAUUUGUUAAAAAACCAGAUCUCCUAGAAGACAAAAAUCCUCCCAAGACAAGAUCAGAAGAAAUGGCAAAGAAGCAAAAUGGUCAUAAACCUUCAGAAAAAGUACCCUCUCCACAUUUGGAAACUGCUUCCUCUGAACCAACUUGGAUCUCCAUGGCAAAAUUAAAACAAAAGGGUUUCCAGGACCACCCUCUUGCCAAAGGACAUAAAGCUGAAGACAAAGCUUUGACCAAAGUGGAUCACGAGGAGCAAGGGAUCUGUGCUAGUGAGAACAUACCAAAGAAGAAUCUGCCUUCCAGCUUGAGCUCUCAGGACAAGAAAACGCAAACAAAGACCAGUGUGUCUGCUGCAGCAGGUAAAGUUGGACCUAUUGCUCAGGAAGCAUCUGUGAUUCCUGCUGUUGAAAAGGAAGGAAGACACUCCUCUAACCUGCCAAUGACACCAUGCAGCCCUGCUGAACCACCAUGGCUAUCCCUGGCCAAGAAGAAAGCCAAAGCAUGGAGUGAAAUGCCCCAGAUUGUACAAUAGCAAAUGACAUGAGCAUCCUUCUUUGUAUUGCCAAUAGCUGCGUUAACUCCAUUUAAUCCCUUCUUUACUGUGACCAUUUUUUUGAGAAAUAAGAGCCUUAAAACUUUUGAUCAGACUGUUGUAUGUAAAUACACAAUGAAGAAAUGCCAUCACGGGCUUAAUUUGAAGUAGGAAGCUGAGCAUUUCCUACUACCAAAUACUAGGAAAACUUGAUCAAUUCAUUAUAUCCUUGCACAUCUGGCAGUGAUGUUCAAAGAAGACAUGCUUCAGGCUUUUGAAACAUUUCCCUUGCAAAAUACGUUUUUAAAGUUUCCACAGACUAUACAAUAUUUUGUGCAAUGGCUAAGAAAUUACUGUAGUCUAUAAAAUAGAUACAAUGCUGGGCACUGACACAUCAUGACUCAUGGGCAUUGAUGUCACCACACUUCUUUCUCUAAUGCUCUGGGAUGGGCAGUCUGACUUUGCUUCUGAUUGUUAAUGGAUCUGUUUUGUGAUAGCUAUAGGAUCUAAACAGCAUUGCAAAUUGGAGUAAUUUUGGCUUUUGGGUGAAGUUGCAACACCAUGGGUCUUGUGCUUUGCUCAUUGAUGCCUGCUGGAAUGACCCAGAGCUACACACCUGUUCUCUCCCAUGCCCUAGAAAACCACCACACUCUAGCAUGUACUCUGCUUUUGGUUACACCUCUGGAAAUCUGGGAUAGUUUGGGCAUUCUACCAAAAAAAAAAAAAAAAGUUUUAAUUAUGGCAAAUAUUGAUUUAUUUUUUGUGAGAUUCCUCAGUCAAUUGUGUCUCUUAAAGAGUGUGUUGGGGGUGGGAACUAUUUGCUGCCUAGAAGGUGCACUCUGCUCUCCAUGUUCACAUGGAUGUGUGUUUAGUUGGUUGUAUUUAAUAUUAGUGAUAAAAGGGGGAUCUGCUUUCCUCCUUGCCUCAUCAGUCUUUAACCAGUAACUCAACAUCAGUCUAAAAAUGUGCAGCUGGGAAAGGAUUAUUCUCUCAGGGCCUGGCAUUGCAGUCACUUAGGUUAACAGAAGUUUUGCUUCAGACUUUGAAGGAAGCAGAUAUUUGAAAAAGAAGGUUUGUAAAAUGAUGUUCGUGGCUUAAGUGGCAGUGGCACUCACCGGUCCUUUUCAGUUUUUGCAGCAUUGCGCAUUUAUGUAGUUUUUGUUUACAGUCAGUGCAAAAUUUGAAGGCUGGCUGGGCUGAUGGAGAGUUUUUAGCUGGAAAGUUGGUAGGUAUUUUGAAGAAAAAUAUUGGAUUAACUGCAAAACAAAAAUUUUGGUUUCAGAUCAGCUUAAGCAAGACUUUAAUCUUCCAGUCUUGGCCUGAAUUUAAUAUGUAGCUCUUGCAAUUUGAAAACAGUAUUAAUUAGGACCUAGACUGUGAUUUUAAUUUUUUUUUAAUAUAGGUGAAAACACACUCACCCAAGUAGGCUCACUGAAGCUAUAGAUACUGUUUAUUUUGUACUAACAGCAGAAAGAGUAAGAAUUUCCCAUUGACUUGGUAAUCCACGCCUAUUUUACUACUUGUGUUUCUCUAUUUUAGGAAGCAUAUCUUCUCUUACAAAGAACUGAAACAUUUGUAUUUCUCUGAAAUUUUUGAGUGUAAUGUAAAUGAACAUACUCAGCUUUGAUUCUUGAAGUUUUGUACAGCUGCCAUCCCAUCACAAGCUUACUGACCCUGUGUAAAAUAUGUGCAUUUCUAUAUUCAGCAAACUCUCUUCUCUUUUUAGUAGUGUGGAUUGUGAUCCUUCACCCAAAGUACUGCAAAUGAUACUAUAAUCUCUCUUUCCCUGUGUUUGCUUUUGAUCUUAAUAUUGUUUCUGCCUGUUAUGUUUGGUAUGUAUAUAUGUUUUUGUAAUCCUUGUCUUGAAGGAACCCAUUUUGAUUCCAUUCCCAUAUUUGGUUUAUGAUUAAAUGCUGUUGCCAGCGAUGAUGAUAUAAUUCCUGGGAAAAGAAGUGUGAUAGAUGGCUCUCAUUCAUUAAAGAAAAAAUAAAAAGAUGUCUUUGGUCAA